AUGGCCGCCGUCGUGGGUGCUCCCAAUUCUUUGGCUGAGGAACUCGAGGUGCAGGCGGAGACGGGCGAGCCGCGUUACACGUUCGCCAUGGCGUGCAGCAUCGUGAAGGGGCUGAAGAUUAAGCAGCUGCCGAAGUGCGCUUUCUCUGGAAAGCAGGAGAACGGCGUCACAGGCAUGAUGGACUUGCCGCUCACAUCUCUGGACCAAUCUUCAGGAAAAAUGACGCACGUCGUUGACGUUGUCCAAAGCUACACCGACGCCUUCGACCCAGACGAGGUCGCAGGCUUCAUGGCGCAGCAGAUGUACAUGAACCUGCCUGGUAAGAUGAAGCCGGCGGCCGUCGUCGUGUGUCCGUUCAAGUUGCAGAUCGUCAUGAUCAAGGAGGCCGCCGCCGAGAACUCGUACACCAUCAUCAAGCGCUAUAAGUUCGACGAUCGGCAGGAGUACGAUGUGUACGGCGCGGUGUGCCAGGGCGUAUUGAUGAAGACUAACUGGGGCAAUCAGGUGAGAGUCGGCGCACUCGCUUUCAACUUCAUGUUGGACAAGCUCGGUGGCCUGCAGUAUCGCUGGUGGUCGUUCGACCAAAACUUGGCCGACAGGGUGGUCAGCCAAUCCGAAAUAGGAGUGGCGAUCGAUUACAUCCGCGCGCACGCGCCGUACAACAACGCCGACCUGAAACAGACGAGGUGGAUGCUGCAGGAGCUCGCGGAUCCAGGCAGCAAGAUCAAGUGCUUGGACAAGAAAGACAUCCGAGAGUGUCUCGCGCAGUUGCGGAGCAAGUCGGUGACGGCGAGCAAGUACACGUACCUGCCGAUCGCGUGGGGCGACGUGGAGCCAUGGGCGCAGAAGAUCUUAGAGCCGCUGAUUCCGUCGCUGAAGCGCAAGUCGAUCACAUUCCUUGGCCUCGGCGGCAUGGGCAAGACACCUCUGAUGCAUGUUCCAAAGGACCAGGGUGCCCGCGACACCGACGUUGUUCCCAUGUUCAAGACGGCGACGGACCUCGAUUUUUACCGCGACGAGCCAGGCGAGCGCUGGUGCGGCUGCUGCCUCGACGACGGCGACAUGUCGGACCUGUCCGUGAAGGUGUUCAAAAGCUUCUUGGACGUCAGCUGCAGGGAGUCCCUCACCCGUGAGAGGUGGGGCGCCAGUAAGUUCGUGCAGUGCCAACCCAGGAUGAUGGCCGAUAACAAGUUCGACGCCAGCCUCGACCCAACGGUCACGCUCGACGGCAGGCAGGUCAGGGCAGGGGCUGUCCUAGGGGGCGCAGCGGACCGCAUCACGAACGAGGCGGACCUGGAGGCCAUCUUCAAGCGUGCCAAUGUGAUCGUGAACACCGAGCACUACGUCCACGUCCGGCCUCGGGGCUUGCACGCGUCCUCCACGAUCGUCACGUACAAGAACGAGGGCUCCUACAUCACCCAGAAAGCGAAGGGCGUCCUUGAGGCCUACACCGAACGCGGUAUACUUCGCGACUCUGCCGAGCUGGACGCGCUGGUGAGCGAGGAGCAGCAUCUCUUUGGCAGUAUCUUCGCCGACCCAGAGGUCCACCGCGUGCAGGUGAAGCGCGAGCAGGAGGAGGAUUUCUUCACGAUGAACUCCGAACUCGCCGACCAGACGAAGCGGAACCCCAUUGACGUGGACUCGACGGACGAGCCUCCUUCCAAGAGGUCCAGGGUGGGCGACGGCGCUUCCUCGUGCGCGGCCAUCCUCAUCGAGAACGACGUCUUCCUGGAGCGGUCGGCGGCCCUCGCCGCGAGCAAAGAGUGCAUCGCGGUGCCCGACGUGGACAGCAAGGAGCAUGCGAUUUCUGUCGACGAUUGCGAGGAGACCCCGAUUUCCAUGUAUGACCUGUGCGAGGCAUUCAUGAGGGACGCGAACGCCGCGAGGGCGGGCGCCGACGAAGACGAGCAAGCGUUCGCAGGCGAGGAGGAGGAGGACGCGUUCGGGUUCGGCGGCAGCAUGGACUAG